UGAUUGUACAUUUUGGUUCGAAACUGAAAGCUUGAGCGCGCGGUAUAUGAUUCUUUGUGUGGCGCCAAGUUUCCCGCCAUAGCCCCAACCACCCCGCUACAAAUAUCAGCAGGCGCUUGGAUCCAAGCAUUCGCACACACUCAGCCAGAUCUAUAAUCACAAUCACACACACUAAUUCACACUCUUCAGCCGCCGCCGCCAUGGUUGUGGCCUUGGGUCCCGGGAAGUUCUAUGGCAGCAGCCUGCCACGGCCACGGUUCUACACCGAUGUGAAGCUAAAUGAUGAGAGGGUGGACCCACCACUCCCCGUCAUGGAUCCGCUCAUGGCGUGGGCUCAGGAGGCUCACUGGUCGAUGGGAGGCCUCAGCUUCAAGCGCCACCGCCUCCAGGGCCGCAUCGAGGGCAAAGUCGAGAAGCUCCGGGCGCAGCGGGAGAGCGCGUUUAAGAAGUCUCCGAAGCAACAGAAAUACGCGAAGGUUUCAAUUGCUUCUCGCCCUGAUGCGGAGAAGAACGGCAGUAGAAUUAGCAAUACCCCGUCUCCGCCGCCGGCUCCGGUGGCGAUUAAGAGGAGGCGGGUUGUUGGGUUGGUAGAUGAACUGGAGGAGGAGCCCCGGAAGAGGGGACCCGUGAGGAAACUGGGUGAUGAUUUUGAGAGGGUGGCGAAGGAAUCCGGGAUGAAAAGUGGUGGGUCUGUGUCGGCUAGAACGAGGGGCAAGAAGAAUGACGGGAAUGUGGGUGUUGAAGAGGGGAAAAUCACGACAGGGAAGAGGAAAUUAGUCAAGGGAGGAAGGAAGAUAGGUGCUUCCAUUGUGAGUGCUGCUGGAAUACGAAGUUCGCCGAGGUUGUCGAAGCUUGGAGCAUCUACUUAAAGGUGUUUGAUGAUUUGUCUGACCCAAAGCAUCUGUAGAUUAAUUUUUUCCCUUCAAUUUUUGUCUUUGUUUUCUGGAUCUGGGAUUUGUGUUGCUCUAGCUAGGUACUUGUUUUGUAGUUUUCUUGAUCAAGAAAUGAGACAUAAAAAUGUGAAUUGAAGCUUCUUA